CAUCUGACCACAUUCCCUCUUUCAGUUACUGGAUUUAUUUUCCUGAUCUGCCGUUACUGGAACUCUUUCCUGAUGUUUUCGUCCAGCCUGAUCAGAGUAGUGCCGCCGGCCGACGCUAGAGGCUCUUUUUGUUGCUGCUGUUCGAUUCCUGUGUUGUUUUGGUUGGUGAGCCCAUGCUUUCUGCUGUAGCCGGUUGUAACGGUGAUGGCUCCCACAUGAGGUGACGGAGCGGGCCUGUGUUUUGUCAUUUAACGCCAAGUAAGGUGUCGCGGCCAUGGCCGCGGUUUUUGACAUCGAUUUGGAUCAACCGGAUGAGAAUGUCUCUGACGAAGAAUUUGAGGAUGGGGGGCAGCUCAGUGAGUACAUGGAGCAGUGCAGUAGCUUUGAUUUUAACAUGGAUGACUGUGAGAAGUUUGAAAUUUCAGAGAACAGCGUGAACAAGGGAACAGAGCAGAUCAGGCCCGAAUGCUUUGAGCUGCUGAAAGUUUUGGGAAAAGGUGGCUAUGGAAAGGUGUUCCAGGUUCGGAAGGUAUCGGGUGCCACCUCUGGGAAGAUAUUUGCUAUGAAAGUUUUAAAGAAGGCCAUGAUUGUGCGUAACGCAAAGGACACCGCCCACACCAAAGCCGAGAGGAACAUUUUGGAGGAGGUUAAACAUCCGUUCAUUGUUGACCUGAUCUAUGCCUUCCAGACGGGGGGAAAGUUGUACCUCAUCCUCGAGUAUCUGAGCGGCGGGGAGCUGUUCAUGCAGCUGGAAAGAGAGGGAAUCUUCAUGGAGGACACAGCAUGUUUCUACCUGGCCGAGAUCUCAAUGGCGCUGGGUCACCUGCACCAAAAAGGCAUCAUCUACAGGGACUUAAAACCUGAGAACAUCAUGCUCAAUAACAACGGACACGUGAAGCUGACGGAUUUCGGCCUAUGCAAAGAGUCCAUCCAUGAUGGAACAGUCACCCACACCUUCUGCGGCACUAUCGAGUACAUGGCUCCAGAGAUCCUGAUGAGGAGUGGACAUAAUCGUGCUGUGGACUGGUGGAGUCUGGGAGCGCUCAUGUACGACAUGCUGACAGGAGCACCUCCGUUCACCGGUGAAAACCGAAAGAAGACCAUAGACAAAAUCUUAAAAUGUAAACUCAGCCUUCCACCUUACCUCACGCAAGAAGCCAGGGACCUUCUGAAAAAGUUGCUGAAAAGAAAUGCCUCGUUGCGACUCGGGGGCGGUCCAGGAGAUGCAGCUGAAGUCCAGGCCCAUACGUUCUUCCGCCUUAUAAAUUGGGACGACCUCCUUGCUCGCAAAGUAGAGCCUCCAUUUAAACCAUUUCUGCAAUCAGCUGAUGAUGUCAGCCAGUUUGAUUCCAAGUUCACCAGUCAGACUCCGGUGGACAGCCCCGAUGACUCCAUGCUCAGUGAAAGUGCCAAUCAAGUCUUCCUGGGUUUCACAUAUGUAGCCCCAUCUGUGCUUGAAAACGUCAAAGAGAAGUUCUCCUUUGAGCCAAAGGUCCGCUCACCGCGAAAGUUCCCGGGAAGCCCGAGAACACCUGUGAGCCCGGUGAAGUUUGCAGGGGGGGACAACUGGCACCGGGGACCUUUGAUGACUGGCAGCCCGUCUCUGCUUUCACUCAGCAGCUCGAUGGACCAACCCAUGGAGGUUUCAGCAGUGGAGCAAAUGGACACGAGCGGCAGCGGCUUCACCGAGGCUUCUGCGCCGCUUCCCAUCAGGCACCCUUCAGGCAUCAGUGUAGGGCCCUACAAGAAGCAGGCGUACCCCAUGAACUCCAAGCGGCCCGAACACCUACGAAUGAACCUAUGACGCUCGGCUCGCCUACGAACGCCGGCCCUCUUUGAGUGUCCCUUCCUUUUCCUUUUGUCCUUUCAAAGAGACUUGUAGGAUUUUUUUUUUAAACUUUGACUGACGCUGUCAACGCCGAUCACCAGCUCUUCCAGCAGCGCCUUCCCCUCCUUGACCGCCUGAAACCUCCUGACUUAGCCUGGGCCUUUUUUUUUUUUUUUUUUUUUUGUAACUCGCCACAGCUAAUCAGCAGUUUAUAAAUUAGCAGAGCGGUGUGAGAGAGGUGUUCUUCGACAAACUCUGUUCGAACGUGUGCUGAAAAAUGCCAGCUGACGAGUGGGCUCAGGUGAUUGAGAUGUACUCAACUGGCAUUAUUGUAUGAUUUACUGGUGCUCUUUUAUCUUCGAGUCUAGGGUAACGUUACUUGUAGUGUUUACGGCGAGUCUACUCCAUCACAGUGAGAAAAGGAUCUCUCUAAUAAGGAGCGUUUGUUUCUCCCUCAUCGUGACAUUUUAUCUGAACAGUCACUCUGUGAAAUUACGGAUCGCGCUGUCAGUCAGUAGAUUUAUUGGAUCAUAGUUUCACAGGGUUAGGUCCUUUAUAUUUAAAGGACAGAGUCAGAUCGCCUUUGUCAGUAGAGCUUAGAUCAGGUGUAGGUGAGCGCGCCUGAAGGAAAGCAGCUAUAAAAAGACAAGUGAAAUUUCAGCCAAGUGCAUCACUUCCACCACAGUCGAUACCAAAUGCUGGCACUGCUUUGUCUGACCGGAAGGCUUCCUGUGGGACGCCGAUCUAGAAACACUGUUCGUUUUCUUUGUGUUGAAUGUAAACAGACUCUAAAACCCUUUGUGUGUCACUUAAAUCGCCUGCUCUUAUUUUUUAACUCAUGCAGUCUCAUUGCCACUGGCAUGGUUGGAAACCAACAAGCAUGUUGACCGAAAAUACUCUGAGCCAGAUUGGUAUCACUGCCUUUUUUACUGACAUUGGCUGCAUUCAUGUCUAAGGUACUGUGAGUGUGCUUUUUGUGCAUUGUAACAUGGCUUUAAGCGUAAGGGCGUAUUAACACACACGUGUAUGAAUAGACCAUCUAUUAAGAGUGGGAUGUUUGGGCUGUUUGUGCGACGUAAAGCUGCUAGAUGAGCCUUUGGAGUCAAGCCAUUGAACCCUGUCAUCCUAAAAAUGACCAAAGGUCGGAUUCAGAUUCCCAUAAUGCUAAUGAAAGCUAAAUGAGUGACUUCUGUUGUUGUUUUUGAAAUUGUUCCCUGCAAUCCACAAAUGCUGACUGUAACGUUUGGCCAAAACGAGCUGAAGCUUUGGGGAUUUUUCUGGUAAUCAUAAAAAUGAAAACGCAGGAAAACAACACAGGAAGUUUGCGCCUUUUUCUACAAAUUAACUGUGUAGAAACUUCUUUUGGUUCAUAUGUCAUGUUUUAGGUUUUACUGACUGAGCUGAUGUAUUUGGAUCAUUCCUGUAAACCAGCUGUGUUUAACAGCCGUCACUCCACUCGCUUACUUUGUUUAUAUUUAUUUCAAGUGCCAUUGUGGUUCCACUUCGUUGUCUACACUAUGCAAACUAUGUAUUUAUUAUGUAGUAUUAUUCACAUGGGGCAGCAGAAUGUGUAAAAAGUUGAUUUGACUUCUGUUGCAAUUAUAAUCGUGUACAGUGUAAUUUUAUUUCCAUAGAAAGUCUUACAAGAACCUCAGAUGCAGCUUUUUUUUUUAAUGUUUCAAAAGGCCCGAACGUCUUACAGUAUUUAUUUCGAGGCAUAGUUUCACUUUGAAACCUUUUUUUUUUUCUUCUUCAUUUUAGACUUUCCUUGCCAAAAACUUGAAGUGUAGUUUUUCUUUUGCAGUGGAAAGAUAGAUGAUGUUAUGAUGCAAAAACCAAUGGGAAUGGCACUGUGCCUUUGCUGACAGAGUACAUCACGUAUGUACAGUUUGCUGUAUAUUGUAGUCGUGUGAGUGCGUGUGCGUGUAAGGCUGGGAUUGAUUACCAACGUUGACGUCCUGUCAUGCCUUUCUAGGAUGUGUAUAUCUUUGUGAUCGUGGUCUGAGUGGGAGGUUUGGUGUGACUGUCGUGUCUGAGACACGGUGAUGUAAAAGUGGUGCAUUUUGCUUCUGUUCAGGUAUGUUUAAGGAGCAUUUUACACACAGAUGUUUGAACCAUACUUUAUCAAGCUUACUUGAUAACAUGUCUCGAGUUGAAAAGGAUAUUUUAGUCACUGGUGACAUUUCUGUUGUGUUGAUCCUUCACCUGCCGAACUGUAUCAUGUACAUAAUGAAGUUGAAAUAAAACAUAAAUGAACAGAGCCUGUG